GUGACACUGUCGUGAAAGGAAGUGCUGUCGUCGUGUUUUUCGGCAUUGCCUGCCGCUUGUGUUCUCUGGGCGGCGAGCGGCUGAGGGAGUGAGGGGAGAAUGUUCGGGGGCGCCGAGGAGGAUGACGCAGACUUCCUGUCUCCGACAGGCGGAGCCAGGUUGGCCUCUCUUUUCGGACUGGAUAAAACAGUUGCAGGCACCGGAAAUGAAUUUUUCCAGUACACAGCACCCAAACAGCCUAAAAAGGGCCAACCAGCUACUGCUGCUGGUCCAGCAUCACAGAAGUCACCUACUCCCACACCCAUUUCAGGAGCACCGUCUGUCUUCAUUGCUACAGCUGUUCAUGCAUAUCGGUUUGCAAAUGGGCAAUACGUGAAACAAGGCAAAUACGGAGCAGCUGUAGUAGGGAGCCACUCGACCAAAGAGUACAGGAUCCUUCUUUAUAUCAAUCAGCAGCAGCAGGUCACAGCAGCCAGGAUCCAUUCAGGGUUUGUAUUCACGGUCCAACCCAACAACUACAGUACAUUUUAUGAUGAUCAGAGGCAAAAUUGGUCUGUCAUGUUUGAGUCAGAAAAGGCAGCCGUGGACUUCAGCAAGCAGCUGUGCAUUGCCAAAUAUAACAGUAAUCCUUCCUCUGAUUCGGUGUUGCAUCAAGAUCUGAUUGUUGGAGAAGGCCAAGGUGUGGAAAUAGGAGACUCCCUGGAGGUUGCUUUUACGGGCUGGCUGUUCCAGAACUGCGGACUAGGACAGGUAUUUGACUCAAAUGUUAACAAAGACAAGCUCCUGCGUCUGAAGCUGGGCUCUGGCAAAGUCAUAAAGGGCUGGGAAGAAGGGAUGAUUGGCAUGAAGAAAGGAGGAAGGCGCUUUCUCCUUGUUCCACCAGCACUGGCUUAUGGAUCGCAGGGAGUAGCCAGCCGCAUCCCUCCAGACUCGACCUUGGCCUUUGAGGUGGAAGUCAAGCGGGUGAGGCUUGUGAAGGACUUCGGCUCCAAUGGACAGAACCUAGGCCCAAGAGAUUCUCUUGUGCCUUCCCCUGGGCCACACCAGGAAAACCUCUGCACAGAUCCAGCAGGGUUGCUUCCCUCGACACUACCUCCAAAACCAGGGGAGCCUGCUGUGCGGGUGAAAUCCAACUCCAUCAGUGAACAGCUAGCGAACCCUGACGUAGCGAAAGCAAAGCUGAUUUCACGGAUGGCGAAGAUGGGGCAGCCCAUGUUGCCUUUCCUCGCAGGCACGGCUCCAGCUCAGCUUGACUCGAGCGAUUCGGAGAUGGAGGACCCAAAUUCCUUGCGAGGAGCAGCAGAACAGCCAGCGCCAUCCUCCCCCUUGAAGCCAUCGCCUCAGACGACCCUGCCGCAGAUGACGGCACACGUGCCUCAGCUCACUGUUUCGGGGCUGCAGAUGUCCUCUGGUGCCAUAAUGCCUGCAGCCCUUCAGUCACAUUCAGUUGUUCCCGGGACAGCCCAGGCUUUUCAGCCAUAUGCAGGGGUGACAUAUGCUUACCCACAAGCCACUCCUGCAACUUCUCAGCUCCAACCUGUUGGGCCAAUGUACCCCGCUCCUUUUCAAGUUGCUGCAGCUGGAGACAUUGGUUCAUUCCUGAUGACAGAGGCCAGGCAGCAAAACACAGAAAUCCGCCUAGCUGUCGGCAAAGUGGCCGAUAAAAUAGAUCACCUCGCAGACAAGGUGAAUGAGCUACAGAAGCAGAACUCAAGCCACAGUUUAUUGCCCGGCAGCUCCUCUGUUACCAUGGAAACAACGAUGAUCAUGAGCAACAUCCAGCGCAUCAUCCAGGAGAAUGAGAGGCUGAAGCAAGAGAUCUUUGAGAAGAGCAGCCGGAUUGAGGAGCAGAACGAGAAGAUCAGCGAGCUGAUUGAUCGCAACCAGAGGUACGUGGAGCAGAGCAACCUCUUGAUGGAGAAGAGGAACACUUCACUGCAAAUAAACAACGAGCACACGCAGGCAAGGGUCUUGCAUGCUGAGCAGGAGAAGCACACGCUGCCAUUGGAACAGGGCUGGGACCAGGUCAAAGUUGCCGAGGAGCUGGCCGCUGCCACAGCACAGAUCUCCCGGCUUCAGCUGGAGCUAACCGAUCACCAGAAGAAGGAGAUGGAUUUGCGCUCCCAGUUGAACACGGCCCUGAAGGAGGCAGAGGGACAAGGCACACAGCUCGACCAGCUGCAGGCUCGGCUGGCGGAUCUUCAGCAGUCAUCUGAGGAUGCCCGGAGCAGAUUCCAAGUUGAGAAGCAAAGCCGUAGGCAACUGGAUGCCAAGCUGGCAGCCCUGGAAGAAGAGCUGUCUGACCUCCGUGUGGAAAAGGAGAAUCUGGAGAAGAACCUGGCUGAGAGGAAGAAGAAAUCCCUCUUGGAGAGAGGACAGGCUGAAGAAGAAAUGGAUGAGAUUCGCAGAUCCUACCAGGAGGAGCUGGACAAGCUCCGGCAACUGCUGAAAAAGGCCCGGACAUCGACCGACCAAGUAGCUUCUGAGCAGAUUUCUCUUAUGCAGGCAGAGCUGGAAUCCCAGUGGGAAGCCAAAUGCGAGCGUAUGCUGACCUCUACCAAGGAGCAACAUGCCCGCCAGUACCAGGAGGCAUGCGAGGAGAGAGAUGCCCAGCAGCAGAAAGUGUCCCAGCUGGAAGAAAAAUUAUUGCAGCUCAAAACCACAAAGAGUUUGGAGGAUGAGAAGCUCUUGGUCUUGCAGGAGCAGCUGGAACAGCUCGAGCAUGUGAAAAACAAGUACUUAGUUUUACAGUCCCAGGUAGCUGCUCUCAAGGCCCACUAUGAGGAGCGGAUCCAGGAACUUGAAAAGCAUCAUGGGAGGCCUUCAUCUGUAGACUCCACUGAAGAGGUAAAGAAGAUCAUGAACCAGGUGUUUCAGUCCCUGCGGGGUCAGUUUGAGCUAGAGGAGCCCUACACCGGCAGAGAAGUCUUGGGCAUCGUCAUGAAUACCAUCAAGACAGUAACGCUGCAGCUGCUGGAGAGGCACGAGGAGAGGGGAGAGAGCAGCAGUGAGGAGGAUGCGCCGGGCUCUGCAGAAGAGAAAAGGGCAAGCCCCGUGGGCCCAGAUAAGGAGCCCAGGAGCCCUUCUCCACACGGACCACCACUCUCAGUGCCUUCAGUCCCCCCUGACCCUCCAGAGGAGGCAAUGGCUCAUCUCCCUUCUGUCUCUCCCGAAGGAGCCCAGGGCAGCCCAGCUGUUGCAGUAUCUGAGGCACAGGCCCUAGAAUCACAUAGAGAACAGACCUCCUCGGCCUUUAACGAGACCACAAAGCCUAAUACAAAGCUGGAAGUCCCAGAGCUCCUGGCCAGUGAGGAGGAGGGGUGCUCUAAACCGGUAGAAGCCAGUGCUGAGGAUGAAGCCUGCGCAGGAAACUCAGCUCUCACUGUGGCAGGAGCAUCAGAGCCUUCCGAGCCAGCAGUGGAUGAGGCAAAGAGCAAGGUGGAAGAACCCACGCUGGAUCCGGAGAGAGGGAGUCACCUGGUUGUUCCAAACCAGAAUGCUGAAAUCGCCACUAUGGCUGAAAAAUGUGUCUCAGCAGAAACUCAGCAAGGAGCAGCUCCCAAUCCUCCUCAAGUAGAUUCUGGCCUCCAUGAAGACCAGGGCAAUAUGUCUAAAGCUGUAACUCGACAGUCCCAUAUGUCAGGAGGGCAACCGGAAGAGGAUGAAGAUGAAGAAUUGAGCCUGAAGGGCCGGCCUCCUCCGACCCCCCUCUUUGGGGAUGAUGAUGACGAUGAUGACCUGGAUUGGCUUGGGUGAAUGACUGGACAAACAACACGGCAAGAUUUG